GCAGCACACAGACAAUGGCGUCUCACACGACAUUUUCUUGGAUCACUUUGUAUCUGCUGGCUGUCCUCCUAGCGCCGGCGAGCGCUCAAGACCCGACGGCCGGGUUCACGGCCGUGAGCCUCAGCGAGAGCAACUUCCAGCUUCAGAAGCCGUACAACAUGCCGAGCAGCGCACGGUAUAGCUUCGACGGCAUGGUGCGGCGGAUGUGGGUGCUCUCCUCCGACGAGCCCUUUUCGCCGCAGAGCGACACCAAGCCAAGGACGGAGAUGAGGAUGACUGGACACGACUACUCUUCGGGCGUGUGGCAAUUCGAGGGCUCCGUGUACGUGCCAUCGGGCACGUCGGGAGUGUCCAUCAUGCAGGUGUUUGGCGGCGGCGAGACGGCCACCACGUUGAUGCUGCACGUCUACGAUGGCGCGCUGAGGUACUACAACCAGAAGCCCGUCGAGGACAACGUCUACGACCGGUGGCUCCGGGUGAACGUGAUCCACGACGUCGGGGCGUCGAGACUCACCGUGUUCGUCGAUGGCGAAAAUAAACUGAGCGUCGCCGGCCGUGGCGGCAGCUCGCACUACUUCAAGUUCGGCGUCUACACGCAGAGGGACGCGUCCAGCCGCAUGGAGUCGCGCUGGAAGAACGUCAGGAUCCUCAAGAAAAACUGAUAUGUCCGAUCGCCCUCACAGCAGCUUCGUCCUUGAAAGUUUGUAUUGUAAGCAGCUCAGCGCGUAUUUUGGUAAGAGAAUCAUGCUAAAAUUUGCCAUACAGUU